AUGGGCUGCCAGCGAAUGGAGAUCACACGCUGUGGCACCUGCUCAACCCUGUCUCUGUUCUUCCAUAUAGAUAUUGCGCAGUCUACCCCCGGCGAGCACCUGCACGUCGUGGGUUCGCACGAGGGCCUCGGUGCAUGGAAUCCCGACAAGGGAGCUCGUCUGACAACCAACGAGCGAACAUAUCCCGUGUGGCGGUCUCGACAGAUCGAGUUGAGAUGCGCACCGGAAGAUUCUUCCACGGUGCUGGUGCUCAAGUACAAAUAUGUGCUUGACCGCCGCGAGCUCAAACAGGGCUUCCUGUGGGAAGAAAGCAUCCCCGAUCGCGAGGUGCAGAUACCGUGGUCGCAGGAUUGUGACUGUGCUGUAUGGCUGAUCAGAGACUCGGCCUUCAAUCGGGAAGGGGCCACCAAAGUGACGAAGCUCGCUCCAGGAGCAAAGCUCCUUCGCUCUCCACAGCAAGAGACGAGUGAAGGACUGAUCUCUGUGCCGGAAGAGACUCCAGAGGCAGAGGAGCCAACCGAGACACCACUCUUCGAUGCUAAGUAUGCCCUAGUUGGACGCCGCCCAUUUGCAAAAGGUGGCUUCAGUUCAGUGUGGAGAUGUCGUCGCCAAGGCUCAGCUGGAGUUGGAACAGAGGAGUUUGCGGCGAAGCGCAUCGAUUUGGCAGGGCCCAGCUGCCCGUGUUCAGCAAGAAACAGAACUUUGUUCCGGCUCAAGAAGACGAGAUGUACUGUAGGUGGACACGAGGAUAGCAUCCAUGCCUGCAAUUUGCAUCUGCAGAUGUACUCUCUACUGUAUGUCAUAUUGGGAGUGUGCGUACUGCCCGCAUGCCGCGCUGCCUCGCCACCGCAGCCCUUCUCAGGCCAAGCAGUUCCCUUCGCACCAAGCUGCAGGUUGAAGAUUAGGACAUGGUCCAUGGUGACUUUCGAAGGGUGGCUUUUGAACAACCGAGGGUCUUUUCGACAGCAUGUUUGGGGAAACGCCUAG